AUGGAACAACAAUCAACGUUGAAUGGGUUGGCAGCACUGAUGGACUUGCUUACGACUAGGGCAUCGACCUUCUUGGUCUCCCCUCCUCAUCCUUGCCCUUGGAGCUGGAGAAAAAAUUUUAAACUCAAGGAGUUAGCCAAGCAAUUUCUGCAUUUCCGAAUUGGUGAUGGGAAUAUAGUGUUUCUCUGGCUUGAUAAUUGGCAUCCGGAUGGGUGCUUACUUGAAGUGUAUGGUUUCCGAGCUUUAUAUGAUGCUGAGAGUAAUCUGGAAGCCAAAGUUUCUGGGUUUCUGCUAUCAUUCGUAAUGGAGACUGGUUUUGAACUGGUGCACGAUCAGAUAGUAUCGUUGCCAUCUAGAGUAGACUUCCGGAGGGAGAAGCUGCCUACUGUUUCUUGGUGGAAAACAGUGUGGUUUUCUAAAGCUAUUCCUAGACACUCAUUCAUCCUUUGGCUUGCUUUUCGGGACGCUCUCCCAACUAAGGAAUGGGAUGAUUUAGUUGAGUGGAGCUCUGUUGCUCUUAAGGGAAAAGAACUUUGGACCACCUUAUGCAGACUUUGUUUUGGGGCUGCUGUCUACCACAUCUGGAGGCAGAGAAACGAUUUGCUUCAUGGGAAUGUUCCUAGGACUGAGGAGCAAAUUGUAGCUUACAUUCAUUGGGAAGUGAAGACUAAGUUCAUGGCUAGUUGCAGAAUCAUGGACUCGGCUUCUAAUAAGAGGCUAAUUCAGGAGUGGAAUUUGUUUUAA